CCAGUCACAAAGUGCCCCAAGGCAAAGGGAGGAAGGAGACGCCAGAGGAGGCCGGCUACAGCAGGAGAGGCUCCUCACCCAGAACAAUUACACAAGAGUUUGUGGCUAUGUGCGCAACAAGGGGGAGCAGCGAGCAGAGGAGGUGAGCGCUUGUUCAGUCCUUCAAGAGUCAGUGGGAAAGGAGUGCGGAGACUCGACAGCAACUCCUGAAAACUCUCCAAGUGCGCAUCCCGAGCUAGAAAAGUCAAGACAGCAAGGCAACUCUUGGAUCUGAAAAUGAAUGUCAAUGAAGAGAACCUUCUCAAGUCCAUCAGCAACGACGCGCUCCUGGACCUGACGCAGCGCUACGGACAGUCCGCGUUCGGCUUCGGCGCUGGCCAUGGUGCUGGAAGCCCCGGCCGCUUCCAGCUCACCCCCGCCGCCGACUUCCUCUCCGGACAGACGGCCAAGUCGAACGAGAGCGGCGGGGAGCACACCAGCGACGACGAGGACGGCUUCGACUCGCUGGAGUCCAGGAAAAGAGGCUCGUCAUUUGGGGACGACAAGCCCGGGGGGCCCCUGGCCAAGAAGUCCAAGGAGCAGCGGUCCCUGCGACUCAGCAUCAACGCCCGGGAGAGGCGGAGGAUGCACGACCUGAACGACGCCCUGGACGGACUCAGAGCCGUGAUCCCCUACGCGCACAGCCCCUCGGUGAGAAAACUCUCCAAAAUAGCGACCCUUCUGCUCGCCAAAAACUAUAUCCUCAUGCAAGCGCAGGCUCUGGAGGAGAUGAGGCGGCUCGUCGCCUAUCUGAACCAGGGACAGACCAUAACCUCGCCGAUCCCCACCGCUCUGGCGCCCUUUGGCCAGGCGGCCGUGUACCCGUUCUCCGGUUCGGCUCUCGCCACCUGCGCCGACAAGUGCUCCACUUAUUCCGGGACACCGUCCAGCCUCUUCAAACACUGCAACGACAAGCCUUGAUUUCACUCGCUCUCACCUUCCCCCAACUUUUUCUUUUCUUUUCUUUUUUCUUUUUUUUUUUUUUAAAUCCAGGUCUAGUGUCGGUCACUCUCCUUCAACGUCCAUCUGUGGAAAAUAGACGUAAUAUUAAGUUUAAGUUGCGAUAUUGGCGCCAUUAAAAUGACAAUUGUUUUUGCUUGAAUAUUUCUUUUGAUUUCAUUUAGUUAUCUAUGCAACAUUGAACAACUUAAAUUGAUGGCUGAAGUGAACUCUUGCACAUCACUCAUGAUUGUAUUUACACCUGCGAAUAUAAACAGAUUUAAGAAUGGCCUGAAAACACACUGGAGAUGUUGCAACGUGAAUUUCAUAUAUUGUUUAUAUGUCUUUAUAAUUAAAAACAUAUCUA